AGUUCCAAACCAAGGAUGAUGGCUUCACCACCUUUUGGAAAUCAAACAGUUCAAUCACAAGUAGAGGACUCUUCACCAAUUGAUCAACUUGGUAAUAUAUUAUAUAAUCCAGACUAUACACAUUAUGUUGUACAUUCACAAAAGAGUGAUUAUGAUAUGUACAUUGGAAGAAGGAAUCCAUUGAUUGACUCAAGAUUCUCUGAUAAAUGGGGCAAUCCAUUCAAGGUUGGAGUGCAUGGAAAUAGGAAUGAAUGUAUGAAGAAGUAUCGUGAUUGGAUAUUCAGUCCAGAACAGGAUGCACUAUUCAAGUUGGCAAAGAAGGAGCUGAAAGGAAAGAUACUGGCAUGUUGGUGUGCUCCUCUAAACUGUCAUGGCUAUGUGUUGGCAGAGAUUGCCAACUCAAGUAUUGGCAAUUCCAAGGUUGAUCAGCCACAACAACAACAACUUGUUGAUAACUCAAUCACAAGUACCACCUCGACACAAACUCAACAACCUCCGGUUGCCAAGGAUGUGACGCCUGCCAAUCCAAACUCAUGGGCAGCACUGAUAAAGAAGCAACCAGUACCUUCAAGCAAGCCAUCGACUUUUGAUAAUGGAGGCAGUUCGUCUGUCGAACCUACAAAGGUUAGCAAGCCAUCGAACGACUCACUUGAUGACUUUCCAGCAUUGGGUGGCGGAUUGAAAAAGAAG